AUCAAAGCUCAAACAACGCAGAAGACAUAGAGCAGCGUGUGUCGAGGGAGAGCAACUGCGAAAAUGGGAAGGAAGAAUGGAGCAGUAGAGUUCGAGGAAUCGCCGCCCGAUGAUUUCGAUCCAUCCAAUCCCUACAAGGACCCGGUGGCGAUGCUGGAGAUGAGAGAGCACGUUGUGAGGGAGAAGUGGAUCGACAUAGAGAAGGCCAAAAUCUUGAGGGAGAAGCUCAAAUGGUGCUAUCGCAUCGAAGGCGUCAAUCACCUCCAGAAGUGCCGCCACCUCGUUCACCAAUAUCUCGACGCCACUCGUGGCAUUGGCUGGGGCAAGGACCAGCGUCCUCCCUCACUACACGGUCCUAAGGUGGAGGCAGUUGCAUCUGAGUGAAAUGUCAUAUUAAGGUGACUGAUAAUAAGGAGAUUUACUCUGAAAUUGGGAAGAAGAUGGGGAUUUGUUAGUUUGAAGCAUUGAUCUCAUUGGGCUUGCUUAAUCUGGAUUUCAUAGUUUUUUACUUCUCUUUCCUGCCGUGUAAGCCAGAAAUUAGUGUCUGCGGACCUUGUGAUCUUUCUGUGUAUUGACAUUCAAAUAAUAUCAGUUACGGGGACAGGGACAGGGACAGGGACAGGGACAGGGACAGGGACAGGGAAAGGGAAUGAAAGUAACUCGGAUAAUGAAAUAAUACUUUUCCUGUGUGCGUGCUUUUAUUUAAUUAUGGUGGAUUAUGGUCUUGUUGCUCCCCAAAUUGAUGAUUUAGGAAAGGAGAAAGACACAAUUGGAAUUUAUCUAUAUUCCGCGUUUUGUGGGACCCUGUUAAGAUUCCAAGCGUUUA